AUGGAAACAACCCAGGUUAUGUCCAAAUACAGCGAGCUCAUCUUCUAUGCGGAACAGAUACUGGUUACCUGUCAUCACCUUGCAGGCCGUGUCUCCACGUUCUCCGACUCUCCCCUCACCAGGCUGUCCCGGAAGGUAAUCUUGUCUUUGAAGACGGCGGGAAAUGGCCUGGCUUGGCGGAUCUUUGCGAUUCCCUUUCGACAGACCGAGAUCGACGAUGACGAACCACUUGUGCACGCCGACGAGUUGAGCACACGCAUCUCUUCGUGCUCUGCGGAAAUGGUCCAAGCCAUCGUGAUGGUGGACUUUACUCUACGGAAUCGAACAGGAGAUGAGAACGAAGAGUUGCAUGCCAUUUUUGCGUCCGUCUUCUUGUUGGGAAAUUGGCCAGCAGAAGCUGACAGCGAGUCCCUCCGUCGAGUACACCUCGAGGACAUGCGACGUUUGUUUGAGUUUCCCAAUCCUGAGGACCAUACGGCGUCGUUUCAAGCCUUCAGUGAUAAUUUCCUCGCGCUGAACCAGCAAGCCUUGUCUCAACUGCAGCCUCGAUAUGUACAUAUGUACGCCACCGAGAACGAUCCCCCUUAUCGAUUUGACAUUGCGACAGUGCCUAGGUCCGGCAGCUUUGGCACCGUCCAUAAAGUGGUGGAUCGUACAAGUGGAGAUACAUGUGCGGUCAAGGUGUUUCGAAAAGUAGAUGGAGAAAACGUACGGCAGUCCAUCCUACACGAAAUUGGGAUUCUGGAGCUGUGCAUGCACCGCAAUAUUGUCAAGCUCGUCGAGGCGUACGAGGUGGCCACGAUUCCCGGCAUGAUGUACGUGGUCAUAACGCCGUGGGUUCCCGUCACCCUGGACGACCUAAUAGACAACUCCGACGAGCGUCGGACAGCAAAGUUCCCAUGGUUUACGGCCGGCACAGAGAGCACCCUCCAAUGCGUCUACCGCCUGAUGCGCGGGCUCGCAGAUGGGCUGGCCUACCUGCACGGGCUGUCCAUCAAGCACAAGGACCUGAAGCCCGACAACAUCUUGCUGCAGUACGCGGCUGAUGGGCAGCGCAUCCUGCCCUUGAUUACAGACAUGGGUCUUAGCAAAACCUGGCGGACAGGCGCUGCGACACUCUUCACGAACAGCACGCGCGAGUUCCUGUCACCUGAACAACUCGACCACCAAGAGAGCUCGCUUAAGUCUGACAUUUGGCAGCUGGGCUGCUGCUAUUCGUGGAUGCUGACCACGGCGAGCGGUGGCUGGCAGGCGGUCAAGGACUUGAACAACAGCUACACCAGCCAGAUGCGAUCCUGUGUCAUUGCACAGGAGGACAGGCACUUCAAAAAAGCGUUGUACCAGGUGGUUGCGUACCGCGGCCAGGAUCAGUCCACACAGUAUGCAGAGAGAGGCAUGCUUAACAUGGUGGUUGACGGUAUGCUGGACCUGAACCCUUCAACGCGCCUCGAUAUUGGCAUGGUCCGCAAAGAAAUGGCCCGUCUGCAGGACGUAUAA